AUGGCUGUUACAUUUAUCCUUUGCUGAGUGGUGCUGGAGUUUGGAACUUUCAGCUCCUCGUUGGAAGACGAAGUUAUCCAAACUCUUGAAGGCUGCCCAAUCUUAGGCAUCAAUAAUUAUAUUUCACUGGCUAAGAAGCCUGUAGAUACUUCAGGUGGUGGCUAUUUUAAGAUUAUUUUUGAUAAAGAGUACAUUGUGACCUUGCUGGGACCACAUAUUUGUGAAGAAGAAAAAGCCAAAUUCAACAGAAUGAGUCCUGAAGAUAAAGCUAAUAAUCAUUUGUUUUUCCCCACAGCUCUUUGGCUACCAGAAAAGCAGCUUUAUUUGGCAGCUGCAAGACUUACCAUUUUUGAUUGGUUUAGCUUCGUUUACGUCACCUUUUUUGAUGAGGACUGAAAUGAAAUUCGAGAAACAGACUAUAUAGGCAAAACCAAAGUGCCCAGCGUGAUCACCCUAGGAGAAAUGAAGCAGGCAAUGUGGUGGGGCCCUGAAGAUCCACGUAUAUUUCAAGCUUUUUCAAGCGAAAUUUUUUUUAUUUCCACCCUAUUAGAAGGAGAACCAAAUUUCAACCGACAAAUAAAUCUUUAUCAGUUUUCAACUGCCACGCACAGGAAACUUGAGCUGGAAGAGCACAUAGGGAAAUCGUAUAGAGUUGAAAAGAAUUGGAGUCCGCUAAUAGUUGACGACAAGCAUUUGUAUUUUUUAUACAAGUACGAGGGUAUUCAAAUAAUUGAUUGCACUGAAGAAAGCCAGCCAUGCAAAAGGAUUUCUGGCUCAGAUAAGCCAUUGAGUCGCACUCAUGGCUCAAGCCCGUAUGUCAAAUUUUUAAAUACGAACUACUUCGUCUCUUUCGCAUGAACAAACAUUGUGUUCACAAAGCCUCAUUAUCGGCCAUCGCUGUCUAUUAUUGAAGUUCUAGAUGAAGGAAAAGAAUUCAGGCUAAUUUAUACGAGUGAGCCGCUUCACUUCACGUCCACAGCAAUUUCUGAUCCUAAAUCGCUUAAAACGAAACUAUCAAAUAAUGAUCUAUAGCUCAGGAACGAUAAUAUGUCGUCUUAUGAUUGGAUAUUUUCCUAAUUGCCUCUUCAACUCAAGCUGACGGGUCAGCUUGGGGAACUGGAAAUUAUACCCGAUGUGAAGCAUUAGUCAACUACCCCCUUUUGCAGAGCCAACUAGGAUUUGCCUAACAUUUCCCAGCUAGGACGAUCUAUAAUCGUGCUUGAGCUAUAAGAAGGGUUUUGAUGAUUACAAGUAUAGCGAGAUGGGAUUUUGAAAGCGGAGUUACUGAUAUAAACCUCAGCAUUGAUGACGAUAUGGCAGUUGCAGCUAGAGUCUCUGGGCUGACUGAUUUUGUGCAUUAUAUUAUCAAUGUUUAUGAAUAUGGAAGACUGCCUGACGAGAAUAGUUGUGCAGAAAAAACUGCUAAAGAUUAUUACAGAAGUUUGCCUAGCCUCCUCUCUUUAAAUUGGAGAAAAAAUUUCUGUUUCAGGAUUAAUGUUAUUUAAAAAUUUUUAUAAAAUUUUAGAUAAGUAGAAAUAAUAACGCAAUAUUGUGAAUUUUAAUUUUAUUUAUGAAGAAUUUAUUUAAAAAAUGAUUGGUUUUGCUCAAAUAAACUCUACUCUAAUUUUUUAGGUCAAAACUAAUUUUAUAAAAUUAGUAUUUUAACUUAUAAAAUUUACCUUUUUGAAACCAAUUUAAAAGGGUUAGAGUACCCAAAAAGAAAUUUUGCCUUUAUUUUGUUCCAAUUAAAAGGAGGGAGUAAGGGAACAUUUGUGGACAGUACUAUUUAG